GUUAUGGUAUGGAUAUUCAGGAACCUCUCUAUUCAUUGCCAUUAAUAUAUGUGAAAAUAUUUUGUGGAAAGCCCUCUCUCCAAUCAAUCAUAAAACUGAACUUGAAUCAUAAUAGGAAGGAGCUAUUAUUGAACUCUUUCAUGGAUUAUUCAUCAUAAAUGGUAAAAUCACUGCCAUUUAAUCAGCCAUCAUGAGAGAUUCAUUACCAAAUCUCACAAAUUUAUUUAGCAACUAUCUUA